AUGAAUACUUUAAUAUUCAUCGUCAUUUUAUGUUGUGUGGCACCCGUGGUGCUGCCAGCUAAAUAUAUCCUCCCAAAAUGGAAGAAACAGCCUCUAUAUCAGAAGAGUGCGCAGGCGUGCGAGCUGCCAGCGGUGCAGAGUGAACACAGCCACUACGUGUGUGAUGACAAAGGGGAGCCCAAGUGCCACCCUGGCUGGCAGGGCGACUUGUGCGAUGUGCCGAUUUGUAAGAAGGGAUGCGAUCCCUUGCAAGGGUAUUGCAAACGUCCCGGCGAAUGUCGAUGCAAGCUAGGCUUUUACGGGGAGCGUUGUAACAAGUGCAUACCUUUACCUGGCUGCCAGCAUGGCUACUGCAACGUUUCCUUCGAGUGCGUCUGCAGGGAUGGAUGGGACGGCAUAUUCUGUUCUGAGCCUAUGUGCCGCUCGGACUGCCACGCCACCCGCGGUUUCUGCGAGUCGCCCGGCGAGUGCCGCUGCCGCCUUGGCUGGGCGGGCCCCACAUGCCGCGCGUGCCAGGCGUUGCCAGGCUGCCAGCACGGCUACUGUGACAAACCGCUGGAGUGCAAAUGCCUGCCCGGUUACACUGGGCUACUGUGCCAAACACCAAUAUGCGCUUCGGGAUGCCAUGGUGAGCGAGGAUACUGCAGGCGUCCGGGAGAAUGUCGCUGCAAGGUCGGCUGGACUGGCACCACGUGCGCACAGUGCCAUCCCUACCCUGGCUGCGUGCAUGGCACAUGCAACCGUCCGUGGGAGUGCAUAUGCAAGAAAGGAUGGGGAGGCAUGCUCUGCGAUGAAGAGUUAAACUACUGCGAGAAGAAUCCAGACACGUGCAAGAACGGAGGGCAGUGCCAGUCAUUAGAAUCUGGAGAUGGUUACUACAGAUGCCACUGCCAGGCUGGUAUCAGCGGGAAGCAUUGCGAAAGCCUCCCCGAUAGCAUGAUCCCUGCAAAUUCUACUGAAGAAGCUGUUCCCGAAACUCCAAAUGUUCCAGACACUGCAGAAGUUCCAGUUCCAGAAAGUCCAGAUCAAGUUGAGGAAGUAGAAGAAACUCUAACUGAUAAUACGGGGCAGACGUCUGAACCAAGCAAUGAUGAAAAUGAGACUGAAUGAUAUUUAGAAGAGAAGUAGGUCUUCACGCCGAUACAUCCUACCGAUCA